UGGUGCCGUCCCCCAGUUCGAGAGAUCGCAGUAGAAGGCAAAGUCGCCAUGUCGCUGGUCGCGAACGAGGAUUUCCAGCACAUUCUUCGUGUUCUGAACACGAACGUCGAUGGGAAGCAGAAGAUUAUGUUCGCCCUUACCUCCAUUAAGGGUAUCGGCCGCCGCUUCGCCAAUAUCGUCUGCAAGAAGGCCGACGUGGACAUGAACAAAAGGGCCGGUGAGAUCUCAGCUGCUGAACUGGAGAACCUGAUGACGGUCGUGGCUAAUCCACGCCAGUUCAAGAUCCCAGAUUGGUUCUUGAACAGGAAGAAGGACUACAAAGAUGGCAGGUACUCUCAGAUUGUCUCGAAUAGCUUGGACAUGAAGCUGAGGGAUGAUCUUGAGAGGCUGAAGAAGAUAAGGAAUCAUCGUGGACUUCGUCACUUUUGGGGUCUUCGUGUUCGUGGUCAGCACACAAAGACCACCGGCAGGAGGGGAAAGACUGUUGGUGUCUCAAAGAAGCGAUGAGUUUAAUCACUUCAUUUUGCCCAUCGAUGGUCUUUGUUUGGAUCUUUAAGACCACUUCUUGGUGUUUCUUUUAUUUCAUAAUUUAGACAAAACAGUCAAUUUAUCUAUGUGGCUGCAUUUAGACAACAAUUUUGUUUGUCAAUUGGACUAUAAUAUUGUCAUGGUUCACCCUUUCUCUUGAUUUAAAGCAGCAGUGCGUUUCGGGGAUAUUUUGGAUAUCAUGGAUGCUUGUUUACGUGAAGGAUGUAUUCUGGUCUUAA